UUAAAAUGCUUCGAAUUGGAAUGACAAUUUUGUGGUAAUUUGUAUAAUUUUUGUACAAAGUCUGGAUUCAUACGGUUUAUGUUGGAUAAAUAGAUCAAAUUCUUUGUUAGAAAAAUAAUUAACAUUGAACAAAAAGAAAAUAAAAAGUCAAAACUGAUUAACAAGUUGAAGUGAUAUCGUUUUGUAGCGGGCUGUAAGUACAUUGCUAUGAGUAGGAGGUGUCUUCGAAUUUUUUUUAUAUCAUAUUUUUGCGCUCAGCUACUGUCGCUCGCCGUCACUUGAAUUGGAUCGCGCUCGCACGGAUAUCAGUUUAGUCUUUCACCGCUACGCCGAGUAUAACGUUCGAUAAAAGUUUUUGAAAUAAAUAAAUUCCUUUGAAAAUUUUCUUUGUUGCUUAAAAGUUUGGUUAUAUGUAUGUACUACAUAUAGCUAAAUACUAUAUAUUUAUGAAUGUAAAUUUGUGUUAUAUUUUAUGUGACGCGUGUCGUGCUUUUAUUGCUUUUUUGUCGUUGCAUUAUGCGCGUGUGAAUAUACAUAAUUGCUUGUUGAGUGUUUCAACACAAUUAUGAACUGGCAAUCAAAAUAGUGUGGCGCCAUCAUAUUUGAAUUAAAUAUUUGUUUAAGAAUAUUUGGGUGGUGUCCUUCAAAUGUUGGCGACAAAGUGAAAUUAUGAGAAUCGAUUGAAAUAUUGGCGCGCGACGACGGCAUCAUGUGUCCAUCGAAUUAGUGUUGGACGUCGAUGUGUGUAUGUGUGUGUGUGUGUGUGUCGGACACCGAUCGAUAUGCAGUGAAAUGCUGAGAAAAGAUUUUGAAAGAAUUGAAAUAAAAAGUAUAAAAAAAUGCACAAAAUUCAUAAAAUCGUUUUCAAUUUAUUUACUUAAACCCGUUAAUUUUCUACUUCGUUGGUAAAGAAAAUGUGAAACGUUGACAAAACCAAAUUUGCAAAUCGAAAGCUUCGAAAAAUUUUGUGUUUCACAGAAGUCCUUUAGAAAAACGUAGAUCAUUUAAAAAAUACCCGAAAAGACUAGAAAAAACGCUUAACAAGAUCCAGCCGGAUAUAAACGUAGCGCUUAUCAAAAAAAAAACCACAAAUAUAUGUAUAUUCCCAUUUUUAAAGCAGCUAACCGAGCACACUCAACCACGAAAUGCCUUAGCAACUUGUUGCAGCAACAUUAAAGUGCCUACAUAUUAUUAGCAAAUAUCGAAGCCAAUAACAUAGAACGCAUUAUGCUUAGUGAAAUUCUUCUCAAAAUUUAUGAAAACCACUACGCAGUAAAGCCAAAAACAUAAAACCGAAGUGGUUAGCAAAUCCAAAACAUAGCGGCAAACAAAAAAAAAAGCGACAAAAACCACGCAACAUUUUAUGGAACAACAAAAUCAAUUGUGCAGCAAAAAUGUUCAGCUCAGCGGAUGUGGCCGCAGUGCGUCAUGUGGUGCAACGCAUAUUGGUGCCAUGUGUAUUUGUGAUCGGAUUGCUGGGCAAUUCUGUGAGCAUUUACGUACUGACCAGAAAACGCAUGCGGUGUACAACAAAUAUUUACCUCACCGCCCUUGCCAUCACAGAUAUUAUUUACCUCACCAUGGCAUUGCUGUUAUCACUCAAACAUUAUGACUAUGUGCAGCGUCAAGUGGAAAUUUAUUGGAAAUGCUAUGGCUAUGUGGUGUGGCUAUGCGAUGCUUGUGCGUAUAUUUCCAUUUACAUUGCUGUGUGUUUUACGAUCGAACGAUUUAUUGCGAUACGUUACCCGCUUAAACGACAGACAUUCUGCACAGAAUCGCUGGCUAAGAGCGUCAUCACAGGAGUCGUCCUCUUCUGCCUGUUCUCCACAAUUUCGACAGCUUUCGAACAUCAGUAUCGCAUCACUAAGAAAUCAAUUGAUAUACAUGGCAGCGCAUGUAAUAUAACCCUAGCGAAUGCGCCCGACCGCCUAUCAUUGCUACAACUGAAUUACAAUGAACGUGUACGCCAGCAACAACAGCAACAGCGUCGACAAAAGGACCAACAAGAUGGCGAACAAAAUUUACCUGUGCAACAUUAUAUGCCAACAAUGCCAACGUCAAUAGCGACGCCAUACAUCGAUAUCGAGGGAAGUGGUGGCGGUCAGGCUGUUGCGGAUGAACGCACAGAGCAACGUAGUUGGCAGACACGGUCGUUGGAUUCCACAAUUGGGGCAGUAGCGAACAAAGAGGACAAUUUGGACAGCCGCAGUAGCAGCCGAAGUAGGAAGCUAAAACCGGAUGUAAUAUUGCGUCGUUUGAAACGUAAAGCGGAAGGCGGGUCCAAGCAUGCAGCUGCGGCCACCAUCACAGCCACGACACCAUUGCCAUUAACCGCCUUGCCGCACACACCGCUACUUUCUCUUGCUACACCUCUGCCAAUAGCGCUAACAACUGGGGAUGCGGUAACGCUUGGAUGGUCCGAACUGGCAGCGGUAGGAACAACAGCAGCGGCAGCAUCGACGGCAUCAGCAAUCGCACCGAGUGGCACGCAAGUGAAAGCUUCUGCAGGCUCGCUUUUAAAAGGAGCUUUCUUAACAGCAGCCAAUAGAAACAUUCCUAGCAUCAUUGUAAGCUAUCUACCCUUGGAUAGACACUCCGAACAUUUGUUCGAUUCAGAGUUUUUGAUGAGCGCUGGAAUUUCACUUGGAAGCGAGCAGUCCGUUAAUGAAAAGGAUGAAGAGCCCAAGAAAGAACAACUAAUUGCUGAUUACAAUGGUGUGGAUGAGGAAUGGACGCAACAAACGCAAACCAAAGAUCAAGCAGCAACGAAACAGAAUGCCGAAGCGGUCUUCUUCAAUAUAACGGACUAUUGCGAGGAGGUGACCUACUAUCAAAACUGCCUAUCGAGCUUGGGCGAGAAUGCGCUCUAUACGCGCCUGUGGUAUUUUUUCACACUUUUCAUUUUCGUUCUGAUACCACUAUGCCUGCUGGCCACCUUCAAUUGCUUCCUGAUAAUGCUUGUGCGACGUUCGAAGAAUUUACGCGGCGAAAUGACAAAUGCGAAUAGUAUACGACGUUCGCGCAUGAGCAGCAGCAGCAAAGGGCCACGCAAAGCGCACAGCUCAUCCGUUUCGCAGGAGAAUCGCAUCACUGUUACGCUGAUCGCUGUCGUUUUGCUCUUCAUCGUUUGCCAACUGCCUUGGGCUAUAUAUCUAAUUGUUUCGGAGAAUGUCGAUAUCGAUAACAAUGUGCAAGCGAUAAUUGGUAAUAUUUUCAAUUUUCUUGCCGCCAUCAAUGCGGCUGCGAAUUUUUUCCUCUACUGCGUACUCUCGGACAAGUAUCGGAAGACGGUGCGCGAGCUGAUAACUGGCAAUAAAUAUCGCGCGUAUGCGCGUAAUACCAGCGCCACGGCGAGCCUCUACACGAGUACGCAUGCGUCACAGGCGUUGAAUGGCAGUCGACGUUAUCGACCGACGUCGACGUCGUUAAUCGUGAAGUGAGCGUUGAAGUUAAAAUUGUAUGCUGUUUAUAGUUGAAUUUUGUGUGCUAUAUGUUGUUGUCUCUGAGUGCCUCGAUCGUUGAGUUUAACUCGUUAUCUAUAGCUUAGAAUUAUUUAGUUAUACAAGUAUGAAAUUUAAAAGCAAAUAUAUUUUGCGCUGGCUAAGUAUUGUAUUUAAGUUAAGCGAUUAGUUGUUAUUAAUUACGUGCCUAAGAAAAUGGGUCGAAAUUUAGUAUAAUUUUUGGUAAUUUUAGAAAUUUUUUGAUAAUACAUAUUAUUCAGAAUGUAUUAAAAUACGGAUAAAUUUAUAUAAGCAUUACUUGUAUUUUUUAUUGCAUAAGUCAAAAAAGUGUGUUGUUUUGAAAACAAAAUAAUUUUAAAUAAAAAGUUAAUAAUAAAAAUAUAUACCGAAAAUAUAUCU